AUGUCGCUUACCUCCCUCCGAAAUCUGCGAACCCAAUGGUUCCCACCCAAACCGACCUUCACUGAGAAAGAGCUACCCUCGCAGAACGGUCGGGUUUUCAUCGUGACAGGUGGAAAUGCCGGCGUCGGCCUUGAAUUAUGCAAGAUCCUGUAUGGCUCCGGUGCCACCGUCUACAUGGUAUCAAGAUCAAAGGAACGUGCGGAAAGCGCGAUUCAAUUCAUCGUGAAGGUUGAACCUGCACCGAAGUCACCCGGCAAGAUCAAGUUCCUCCAUCUUGACCUCAACGACUUGGAAUCAGGAUUUGAGGCUAUGGUGGGGAUGCACUGUAUCGCGACUUUAUUGUUCACUGAGCUCCUGCGACCGCAGCUACGGGCUGCUGCAGCAGCGCCCGAGACACCUCGUGGAUCGGUGCGGGUAGUGUGGACAUCCAGCUUUUUGGCAGAGGGAGCCUCGCCACCAAAUGGGAUUUAUUUCGCCGUGCUGGAUAAGGGAACCAAAGAUCGCACUCGCAACUAUGCUGUUUCAAAGGUGGGAACCUGGAUGUUGGGCCGAGAGUUGGCACGACGAUCCCAAGUCGACCAGGACAAUAUUGGACUCCGGCAACAUGGCCCCUUGCUCCAUGAGGCCAAGUUUGGGGCCUAUACUGAGCUCUACACCGGUCUCUCAUCCGAGAUAACUCUUGAGAAGAAUGGCGCAUACAUCAUUCCCUGGGGAAGAAUUCGACCGGAUGAGGAUUGUCCACGACGAGAUAUCAUCAAGGCAAUGACUUCCACCGAGGAUGGGGGACUUGGAUAUCAAAUACGAUUUUGGGAGUGGUGUGAGGAGCAGUGGAAGCCCUUUGUGUAA